GCCAGUCAGUCAGUCUUGUGUGCAAUUUUGACCUGUGCGGCCGCGUGUGCUGAAACUCGCUUCCAACCACAAAUUCCACAACACUUUGUACUCUCCGCUCUCCAACACAGUACUUACAUAUAAAAUAGCUCGCUAGUCCUUGUCGCCGCGCGCCGAGUUUUCUCCCAAACCGCAGAGUUUUCCCAGUUCGUCGCAGUAAACUCCGUUUAACCGCGCGGAAUAAUCACCGGAAAUCGUGUGUACGUACGGUACGAGGACCAGGAGAAGCGUUGGAGGGUUUUGACGGCGAAGACGUCUGAAGAUCUCUGGAAGUUGCUAGCAUUAUUGUUGUUGCCAAAUCGAGUCAACUAAAUUGGUCCCUUUCGAGAAGGUUCAAUUCUUUCCUUGGCGUUUCUUACCAACAAACAAAAAAAGGCGUUUUAAUUUACUUAAUCCUCCGGCGUGAGAGAGAAAGAGCGAGUGUGUGUACUGCCAACAACAAUAGCAACAACAAACAACAACUACAUCAGCAACUUCAACAAUAAAAGUACAACCUGAAAAAACACACUCACACACACACUUACACAUCCAACAGGUUUAAAAGUGCUCGUUUUAGAGGGAAGAAGAGAAGAAAAAGUGCGUGUUCUUCAAAAAAGGAAGGAGUUCGGAAAAGUGAAGCGCGAAAAAAAAGGAAAAGUGUGCUUACGCGCGAUCGUGUGUUGGCGGGGAAAAUUCAGUCGUUUUUUCGUCGUGUCGAAAGAGCAAUAGCCGGGGCAGGAAAAGCAUUUUCUAAAUUUUUAAUUAAUCAAGUUUGAGCGCGCCCACGCGUUUUUGUCCUCUCCCCACCCCGCCAAGUGUGCCCGCGCAGAAAUCGCCAGAAAAAAAAAACAACCCAAAAAGGAAAAUAAACAGGAAAAAAACUGGCUCUUCAGCAUCAAUCAGCGGCAGCGGCGACCAUAGUCACUCCAGAGUCGGCGGCGGUGGCAGCACUGGCAGCGGUAGCAGCAAUGGAGGAAGCUAAGGCUAAGCUCACCGAAAUCAACCUGUCCGACGACCCGGCGGUCACCCUCACCAUCCGGCUCAUCAUGCAGGGCAAGGAAGUCGGAAGUAUAAUUGGCAAAAAAGGAGAAAUCGUCAAACGGUUCCGGGAAGAGUCCGGCGCGAAAAUCAACAUAUCAGACGGAUCCUGUCCGGAGCGGAUCGUCACGGUGUCCGGUUCCAGAAGUGCUAUCUACAAAGCCUUUACACUGAUCACAAAGAAGUUUGAGGAGUGGUGUUCACAGUUCCAAGACAAUACUAAUGCACAGGGUAAAACACAGAUUCCAAUCCGCCUCAUCGUACCCGCUAGUCAGUGUGGUUCGCUGAUCGGUAAGGGUGGCUCCAAGAUCAAGGAGAUCCGCGAGAUCACCGGCUGCUCGAUCCAGGUCGCGAGCGAAAUGUUGCCAAACUCAACGGAACGGGCCGUCACGCUGAGCGGUUCGGCCGACUCGAUCACGCAGUGCAUCUACCACAUAUGCUGCGUCAUGCUGGAGUCACCCCCGAAGGGCGCAACCAUCCCGUACCGGCCGAAGCCCCAGAUGAACGGACCGGUCAUCGUGGCAAACGGCCAGGCGUACACCAUUCAGGGCAACUACGCCGUACCAGCACAAGAGACCUGCACCGUCUUUCCACUAGCCAUUGCCGGUGGCUUGCAUGCGGCGGCCGGCAUCUCAGGUUUAGCCGAUCCAUUACUAAAAGGAACACAUCUGCAAGGAGCGAUACCUCCACAUCAUCUUCAACCGAUGCCUGAUGUUGGUGGACUGGCCAAGAACCCGCUGGCAGGACUGGCCGCGCUCGGGCUCGCCGGUGCCAUUCCGACCAACACGGGUGGACUGAACCCCACAGGUGAGUUGGUUUCUCCCCCGUCUGUCGCCUCGCCCAUAGCCCUGGCCGCGCUGGCCGGCUCCCAGCUGCGGACCAACAACAACCGCAACGCGGCCGUGGCCCAGGCCGCCGCCGCCCAGGUCCAGUCGCAGUCGCACGAGAUGACGGUGCCAAACGACCUGAUCGGGUGCAUCAUCGGCAAGGGCGGCACCAAGAUCGCCGAGAUCCGCCAGAUCUCCGGCGCCAUGAUCCGGAUCUCGAACUGCGAGGAGCGGGACAGCGGCAACACCGACCGGACCAUCACCAUCACCGGCAAUCCGGACUCGGUCGCGCUGGCGCAGUAUCUCAUCAACAUGAGCGUCGAACUGCAGAAAGCGAAUUUGGGCGAUGAAUCGGCGGCAGCAGCAGCCGCGGCCGGCGCCGGAACCGGUUCCGCCGGCAAUGCCCUGCUGGUGGCCGGUGGGGCCAACAGGGGCGCCGGCGGUGGUGGGGCCGCCGGCUCUAACGGUGGGUCGGGGGCCGGUUCGGCAGGCGCCGGAAAUCCGCUCGCGUCGGCUAUUCCGUUGGCCCAGCUGCUGUCCAAGCCCGGUGCCCUGAACGCGCUCACCAGCCUGUCCGCACUGGGGGGGCUCACCGAUCUGCUCGGGAACCUGUCGAGUGCGGGCGGUGCGGGUGGUGGCGGCGCGUCCGGAACCGGGCUCGGCGCAAUCCAGACCACCGGCAUCAACCGGCCCAAGACCACCCGGAUGCGGUCACCGAACAACAGCAACAACAGCUCCGGCCUGAACGGCGACAGCACCGGCAAGAAGAGCGAGCGCAAUAAAUUUAAUCCUUAUUAAGGGGUGGGGCGCUCGGCUUCCACCUUAACCCCGCGAAACUUCCAGGAUUGUCGCCGCCGCGUAGAGGUGUUAGGUCACACACACACACAAAACGUGUAUGUAGUUGUAGUUGUAGAGGUGUAUUUGUACGAGCGAGCGAGACAGAGA